AUGGUCCCGGCACGACCUGUCCUCCCGCUCCUGCCCCACCCGGACAACCAAGCUCCCCCUCGUCCACCGCACUCGCUGCCCCUCCCACCACCGCCGCCAGGCUACACGCGCACCCUCCACGCGUCGCCGGCCGCGUACCCCCGCACACUGCGCGGGGCGACAGGGAACUUGUCGCGCUCCAGCCACCCGUUCCGGAAGCACCCCGAGGCGUCCGUCGUGGGCGAGAGUAAAGACCAGCGCAAGGCGCGGUUGAACGGCGAGGCGGAGGCGUGUGUGCGGCUCAGGCAUGGGGCCGAGUACUGGACGCUCGACGAGGCACAGGCUUCCGGCGAGCCCGGGCUGUGGGUCGCUGUUGAGCGGUGGAAGCGGGACAAACCUGCUGGUGCUGAGCAGGGUGGGGUGACGCUCGUGAUGAGGAAUGCCUGUGGUAUGGCAGCGGACCACUGGCAGCCAAUGCUCCACGACCUCAUGGCCUGUGGGCCCGCGCGGGUCCAGUUCGGCACCGGGACACCUCUCGAGGACGCAAAGCCCGUGGUCAUUGACGAUAUCUGGUUCCUCGACGACCCGCACCACCACUCGUCGCUCGACCUCAACGCUGGCCGCCUGGGUGCCGUGCACUCGUGGACGGACACGGGUCGGGAAGUGAUCAAUUUCGUGGAACACGUCCUCCCCGCUGUCCUGGAGGCUGAGCAGGCCGAGAAGGAGGCUCAGGUUCCAGAGACACCGUGGGGACUGUCGUGGGCUCCCUCGCGCACCACUCGCCCAACACCAGUCAUCGGCGUCGGACACAGCUAUGGCGGUAACGGCGUUGUCCAGGCCGCGCACGCUCGCCCAGACUUGUUUGCGGGCAUCUUCCUCGUCGAGCCAAUGUGUAUCUUUGUCAACACCAACACCCUCCAGCUCGGCUGGCCGCUGACCAAUGCUGCCCUGCGACGACGCGACACCUGGCCCUCGCGCGCCGCGGCCGCGGCAGCCAACAGGUCCAACCCGAUGUUUGGCCGGUGGAACCCCGCCGUGUUCGACCUGUGGGUCUCGCACUCGCUCGUGCCCGUCGACCCCUCCGAGCCCGAGGGAGCCGUCACGCUCGCGACGCCGACGUGGGCCGAGGCAGCGACGUUCUCGGACCCCAACGCCCUGCCGCGCGGCUGGGACAAGUUGGCCGAGCUGGACAUGCCGGUCGGGUUUGUGCAGGCUGGCGAGGCGGACAUGUGGACUGCGGGUGAGAAGACGGUCAAUGAGAUGGUGUUCCGCACGCCCGGCGCGAGAAAUGAACGGAUCAUGGAGGCGAGUCACUUGGUUGUGCAAGAGCGUCCUGCCGAGCUGGCAGAGGCAUUUGCCCGGUUUCUCGCCACGCUCAAGGCUGGGUGGUUCUCUAAGGACUAG